AUGGAUAAUAUUGAUAAAAGUUGGAUGAGCCCUAGAAGAAGCACCAACGAGUAUGUGAGUGGAGUGAAUGAUUUCCUUGAUAAGGCGUUUGAACGAGCUUCUAAAGGAAAUGAAAUAUUAUGCCCUUGCAAAAAGUGCAUUAAUCGUUAUUGGCAUUAUAGAAAUGUGGUGGAGGGUCAUUUGGUUGUAAAUGGAUUUGCAUAUGGAUACAACAAAUGGAUUUAUCACGGGGAAGGAUUUUCCUCAAGGAAUACACCACUUUCAAGGAAUAAUGAUAAAGAUUCUAACAUGCAGGAUGAUAUUGAUGGACUGCUUCAUGAUACAUUUAGAAAUGCAGAGGGUGACUUAGGGCAUGAAGGAGUGAGAGAGGGUCUAUCUGAAGAAGCAAAGAGAUUUUUUAAAUUAUUGGAGGAAGAGAAACAAGAGUUAUAUCCUGGGUGUGAGAAAUUCACCAAGCUGAGUUUCACCAUUCGGUUAUACUUGCUUAAAUGCCUGCAUGGGUUGAGUAAUGUGGCCUUUUUAGAUAUGUUAGACUUGCUAAAAGAGGCAUUUCCCUUCGCUCAACUACCUGAGUCUUUCCCUAAGGCUAAAAACAUAAUAAACGAUUUGGGUCUUGGUUAUGAUGAAAUACAUGCAUGCCCUAACGAUUUCAUAAUGUUUUGGAAUGACAAUGCGAAGGUAGAUAAUUGCUUUGUAUGUGGAUCUUCUAGAUGGAAAAAUGUUGGUGUUGGCUCCGUGAAUGCAAGCUCUAAAAUUCCUGCGAAAGUUUUAAGGUACUUCCCUUUGAAGCCUAAGCUUCGGAGAAUAUUUAUGUGUUCUGAAAUAACUAUUGCAAUGAGAUGGCAUGCUACUGAACGACCCAAAGAUGGGAAUAUAAGACAUCCUGCUGAUGGAGAAGCUUGGAAGGAUUUUUAUUCUUUGCAUCCAAACUUCUCGGCAGAUCCUCGUAAUGUUAGAUUGAGUCUUUCAAGUGAUGGUUUCAACCCGUUUCGAACCAUGAGCAUUUCCCACAGCACAUGGCCUGUUAUGUUGAUGAAUUAUAAUUUAUCACCGUGGAUUUGUAUGAAGCCAGAUUACAUAAUGUUUUCAAUGAUCAUUCCAAGUCCAUCCUCUCCAGGAAAGGAUAUCGAUGUGUACCUACAACCAUUAAUUGCUGAAUUGAAGGAAUUAUGGGAAUUUGGGGUAGAAACAUAUGAUGCUCAUACAAACCAGACAUUUCAAAUGCGUGCAACCUUAUUGUGGACAGUUAGUGAUUUUCCAGCGCUAGCAAUGGUUUCCGGAUGGAGCACCAAUGGGAGAUUGGCAUGCCCCACUUGUAACUGUAACACAUGCUCUCUAUAUCUCAAACAUAGUCAUAAGAUUUGUUACUUAGGUCAUCGGGCAUUUUUGUCUCCUGAUCAUCCAUUUCGAAGAGACAAGAAAUCAUUUGAUGGUAAGGAGGAUCAUAGAUUUGCACCCACACCCUUGUCAGGCAUAAAAGUGUUUGAAAAGUUGCGUGAUUUCAAUAAUGUUUUUGGAAAGGGCCAAAAUAAAAUACCUCGAAACAAUGAGGGACCUUGGAAGAAAAUAUCUAUCUUUUUUGAAUUACCAUAUUGGGUGCAUAAUAAGUUGAGGCAUAAUCUAGAUGUGAUGCAUAUCGACAAAAAUCUAUGUGAUAGUUUGCUUGGGACUUUAUUGGAUAUACCUGGAGAGUCAAAGGAUCACAUUAAUUCUCGCUAUGACUUGCAAGAAAUGGGGACACGGAAGUAG